GGUUUAUGUCUGUUGCAGAGGUCAAUCAGAAAAAAACACGUCAAAUGUAUCGAAUUCUCGUGGUCACACAUUGAAUAUAAUCUUAUGUUUUGUAUGUCUACGGUACUUAGGCUAUGGGAAGAAGUUUGCAACAAACUUCUAUAAGCACCAAUAUCAAAGAACGCCUGGAUUAUUCGUGCGCGAUUUUCGCACCCAAUGGAGACUUAGUAGCCAAUGCGCCCCAUCUGCCCGUCCAUCUCGGCUCUAUGUCCUUUGCGGUCCGGUAUCAAAUCCAACACCUCCAAGGACAAAUCUUUCCGGGAGAUGUGAUCAUGGCAAAUCAUCCACAAGCUGGAGGAAGCCAUCUGCCGGAUAUUACAUUGAUCACACCUGUAUUCAAUGAACAAAACUUGGUGUUUUUUACCGCAAGUCGUGCCCAUCACGCCGAUAUAGGAGGGAUCUUACCAGGGUCUAUGCCGCCCACAUCGACCAACAUCUUUCAAGAAGGCGCCCAGAUCAAGUCGUUCAAGAUUGUAUCUAAGGGGCAAUUCAAACAGUCAGAAUUGAAGAAGUAUCUGAUUGAGGAUCCUGCCAAGUAUCCUGGCUGUUCUGGCACCCGCUGUUUUGGUGAUGUCGAGAGUGACCUCAAAGCCCAAAUUGCCGCCAACAAUAAAGGUGUUGGUCUAAUUUACCUAUUGAUAGAUGAAUACGGUUUGGAAACCGUCCAAGCUUACAUGACUCAUAUUCGAGACAAUGCCGAAUUGGCGAUCCGGAAUUUGUUGAAGCAAGUCGUCCAAGAGAGAGGAUCGAAGCAAUUGCAUGCGAUCGAGUAUCUAGACGACGGGACGCCGAUCGAGCUGACCGUUACCAUCGAUGACCAGGACGGCUCCGCGAUCUUUGACUUCGAUGGGACUGGGCAUGAGAUGAUAGGUAACUUGAACACCCCCAAGAGCGUGACAUAUUCGACUAUUAUAUAUUGUUUAAGAGCAAUGGUUGAUUUAGAAAUCCCGCUGAACCAAGGAUGUCUAGUGCCCAUCGAAGUACGGAUCCCGCCCAACUGUUUCCUGGACCCAUCCGAGACCGCAGCAGUUGUGGGUGGGAAUGUGGAGUCGAGUCAAGUGAUCACUGGGGUGAUCUUGAAGGCAUUCAAGGCCAGUGCUGCCAGCCAAAGCACUUGCAACAACCUGACCUUCGGCCAGGGUGGUAAAGACAAGGAUGGCAAUCAUGUAGCUGGCUGGGGCUAUUAUGAGACGAUUGCAGGCGGGAGUGGGGCAGGUCCUACAUGGAAUGGAACAAAUGGAGUUCAUACCCAUAUGACCAACACCCGAAUCACCGAUCCUGAAAUUCUGGAAAGAAGAUAUCCAGUGAUCUUGCACCAGUUCUCAUUGCGCGAGGGAUCGGGUGGAAGAGGUGAAUACAGUGGUGGAGAAGGAGUUGUUCGAGAGAUUGAAUUUGUCGAACCGAUCCAGUGCUCGAUUCUAUCUGAGAGAAGGGUGCAAAGGCCAUAUGGAUUAGAGGGGGGAGAAGCAGGCCAGCCAGGGCUGAACGUAUGGGUCAAAAAGAGACGAGUAGAGGAUGGAGAUCUGGAGGAUGAUGGAAGCGGAACGGAUGGAGUGGGAGGGGAUAGGAUCAUCUCUCUUGGAGGCAAGAGAACGGUGAUGAUGGGCAAACACGAUCGGAUUCGUAUCUUCACUCCCGGCGGCGGCGGAUGGGGUCUCAAGACGGCCGAUCAACUGCCCUCCAACCUUCCUUCUGCUGACCGGCUCAUCAAUCUGUUGCGGGGUAGCUUCAAAGAGCGUCUCGAUGCCGCCCAUUCUUCUUGA